GUUUUACAAAGAUCUUUAGUAAUGUUUGAAUUCUCAAGCUGAGAUGAGUGAUUCCACGGAAAGCCUUGAAAAACUGAUAGAAAAUAAUUUUGAUAAGUUAAAUAAAUUAGAGAUCUGGAUUGCUGCACAGAAGCAUAUACCGAAAAACAUCCGUAAGCUGUAUUUUAUAAUCAAAAGUAUUUGGAUAACCUUUCAUAAUUUUUUAGCCAGAAUUGUUUUGAUUCAAUACAUCAAAUUUUGUGAUUAUGAUCUUGAAGAAACUAAGAAGUUGAUUGACGGCAAUGUGAAGUUCAGGAUUAAGAACAAAUAUUUAUUCACAAAUCGUGACAUUGAUUCUGAGGACUUUCGGAAGCUUAUUACUUCUAUACAUUUUGCCAGAUUUCCAAAACUUUCAAAAGAAGGGUACGCAAUUGAAUCAGCACGAGUUGUCAAUCAAAAUGCAAGCAAUUUUAAUAUGAAAGAUGCACUCAAGUUGGCUAUAAUAUCACAUGACACACAUGCUCUUAUUGGAUCAAAUAAUAAAGGAAUUAUUCAAAUUUAUGAUGCCAGUGAAUUCACAUUCAAACAUUUCAUAAAAGUUGUAUCAAAUAUACAAGCUGCAAUUCAUUACACACAAUAUGGAUCUGGACUUACUUAUGUCCAACCUAAACAAGUUCAUUUUCUAAGCUGCUCAACUUUUAUCAGCAAAAUAAUUUCAAUGCUCAAACCUUUUUUCAGCAAGGAAAUAAUGGAAAGUAUUCAUUGUCAUUCUUCUAGCUUUGAGACUUUACAUAAGUUUAUUGACAAAGAGUGUCUACCAAUCGAGUUUGGAGGAAACAAUGGAACUCUGGAAGAGCAUAUGAAAAAUACACUAUGGAACUUACAAAACAAUCGUGAUUACAUAAAUAAUGAUGAAAAUUUCUUUUUGCUUGAUAAAUAAUGUUAAAAAAAUGUUGUUCAGGAACUCAAAUAGAUUUUAAUUGAGUAGGCUAGGCUUUAGGCUUGCAGUAAGUAAGUUUCUAAAUUUCUAGUUACUGAAAGAGGUCUUCAGGAACAAUAGGAAUAGAAUAAUGAUCAAAACUUUUAAUACAAUAACAAAUUUAAACUCUGUCAUUUAAAGAACAUUAUUUUUUUGUCUUAUAUUGAGGCUGUUCACGUGGCUGUUCUAAUGUUUUACAAAAUAUUAAGUGUUCCUCCAUUCUUCCAUUACAAUUAAUUAAGUAGAAUUAAACUCUUUUGAAUUUUUGGGAAAUAACGUUGAACAUUUUUGUGUGACAAAGAGUUUCAUAAGCUAGAUUGAACAAGGUU